AUGGAUGCCGUUGCGUGUAGGACAGCAUCACCAAAUACUAUUCAAACAAGACGCCGCAUCGUUCAGAAUUAUUUCCUCAUCUGGAUCGAUGAUAAUAUUGAUGAAGCAAAUAAAGAUUGUCAAAAUACAAUCGCGGAAUUACGUAAAGUCGUUAACGACGUUAAUACUUUCACACAGUUAGAUGAAUGUGUUGACUUUCUCACUGAAGUCAAUGAUGGAAAGGCGUUUCUCAUUAUAGCCGGUGCUAUGAGCCAACACAUAGUGCCUCUCGUUCAUGAUAUUGCCCGUCUUGACGCCAUUUACAUCUUUCGUGGGAACGAAGCACAACACAAAGAAUGGCCAAAAGUUCAAGGUGUCUUCACUGAAAUUCAACCAAUUUGCGAAUCAUUAAAAAAAGUCGCCUUCGAAUGCGACAAUGAUGCAAUACCGAUGAGCUUCGUUCCGAAUAGGAUGAUGGCAACAGCAACAGCUUUGGGUCAAAAAAAUCUCAAUCAUAUGGAACCAUCUUUUAUGUACUCAGUAUUAUUCAAAGAAAUAAUAUUGGAAAUCCAUGAAGAUGAUGCCAAAUCCAUAAAAGAUUUAGUAGCCUAUUGUCAUCAGCAGAACAUCUCCGAAUCCAAAUUAGAGGAGUUUCAGCGUGAGUAUCACAAAACAAAGUCAAUCUGGUGGUAUACUCGUUCAACUUUUCUCUACAGCAUGCUCAACAAGGCUUUACGCUUGUUCGAUAUAGAAGCCAUGACAAAAAUGAGCUUUUUCAUCCGCAGUCUUCAUCAGCAAUUAGAAGACCUGCAUAAAGAACAAUCGAGUACGUAUAUGAAAGAAUUUAUCGUUUAUCGUGGUCAGGGACUUUCUCAUCAAGACUUUGAACAUCUCCUGGAUACGAAAGGUGGUCUCCUCUCAUUCAACAAUUUCCUGUCGACUAGUAAAAAACAACAGGCAGCUAUGCUAUUUGUUCAACGAACAUUACGAAAAUAUGAAAAUAUGAUUGGUGUUCUGUUCAUUAUGACCAUCGAUCCCGGUAAAAUAUCGGCAUCAACUACUCCUUUCGCUCUCAUCGAUGAUUAUAGUGCUUUUCCACAAGAACAAGAAAUUCUCUUUUCAAUGCACACUGUUUUUCGUGUGGGAGAUAUCAAACAGAUGGCAAAUAAUAAUCGUCUCUGGGAAGUUCAAUUGACUCUUACCAACGACAAUGAUCCCCAACUAGCUAUUCUCACUGAACACAUACAAAGGGAGCUCAUUGGAUCUACAGGAUGGUAUCGAUUGGCGCAUUUGAUGCUCAAUGUAGGUCAUUUCAAUUCAGCUGAAGAACUCUACGAUCAAUUACUCAAGAACGCAUCCACUGACAUUGAAAGAGCUUUUAUCUAUCACCAGAUCGGAGAGGUGAAACGCAGCAAAGGGCAAUACAAAGAAGCAAUUUCAUUUAAUGAGAAAUUUCUCAAAAUUUACCGACAAACUCAUCCGGAAAAUGAUUUGACAGUGUCUACUUGCUAUAACAAUAUUGCUAUUUCGUACGAAAACAUGGGUGACUAUUCGAAAGCACUUGAGUUUUAUGAAAAAGCACUUACAAUAAGAGAAAAUGCUCUGCCGCCGAAUCAUCCGGAUUUGGCAACUUCCUACAACAAUAUCGGUGGACUGUAUAACGACAUAGGUGAACACGCAAAAACACUUGAAUUUUACGAAAAAUCACUUAAAAUAAGAGAAAAAGCCCUGCCUUCAAUUCAUCCCGAUUUGGCGACUUCGUACAACAGCAUUGGUCUAGUGUAUAAUAACAUGGGUGACUACUCGAAAGCACUUCAAUUUUACGAAAAAGCAUAUCAAAUCUACCAAAAAGCUUUGCCUCCGAAUCAUCCUGUUUUGGCUACUAUAUGCAACAACAUUGGUUUAGUGUCUCACAACAUGGGUAACUACUUGAAAGCACUUGAGUUUUACGAAAAAGCACAUAAAAUAUACGAAAAAGCUCUGCCUCCGAAUCAUCCUGAAUUGGCUACUUCCUACGGCAACAUUGGUGGAGUGUAUAACGACAUGGCUCAAUACUCGAAAGCACUUGAGUUUUACGAAAGAGCGCAUAAAAUCUUCGAAAAAGCUCUGCCUUCGAACCAUCCUGAUUUGGGUACUUCCUACAACAACGUCGGUGGAGUAUAUAGUAAGAUGAGUGAAUACUCAAAAGCACUUCAAUUUUACGAAAAAGCGCACAAAAUCUUCGAAAAAGUACUGCCUCUGAAUCAUCCCGAUUUGGCUACUUCCUACAAUAACAUCGGUGGAAUGUAUAAAAACAUGGAUGACUACACGAAAGCACUUCAAUUUUACGAAAAAUCCCAUGAAAUAAUCGAAAAAGCACUGCCUCCGGACCAUCCUCAUUUGGCUGGUUCCUACACAAACAUCGGUGGACUGUGUAUAAGUCUGGGUGACUUCUCGAAGGCCCUUGCAUUUCUAGAAAAAGCACUUGCUAUCUAUCAAAAAUCACUUCCAUCUUCACAUCCUCAAAUUAAAAACGUGAUAAUAGGGAUUGACAUUGUAAAAAAGAAAAUGUAA